AAUAUUCAAUGAAGUUUCAGUCAGUAUACGGCAGAGAGUAAGGCAGCAAUCAGGUUUUUAAACGUAACGCAAAUCAAGAAAAUCAAAACAAAAAAUAAAACAACAAAUUUACAAUGAAAAAAGAAUGCAGCUCCGGCGUUAAUAAAGCAUGGAAAUUUUUUCUAAUUGCCACGACAAGCCUGCACUUGGUUGCCGCUCAGUGUACUUCCCCGGAAUGUAUUGCACUCCUCAGUGGUAGGAAACAAUUUGAUGACAGAGAGACAGCAGAAACAAAAUACGUUGAAAAGAUCAAGACAACCCCGGCACCGACACGAAUCUACUUCCCCAAUGAAACACAGAAUAUUAAAAUACCCUCGGACAGUUUUGAUGUCAAACUAUAUCAGCUGAUGUCGAGGACAACAAAGGAUCAAAAUCUGUGUAUUUCCCCAUUGUCGGUGCAGACAUUGUUAACAUAUCUUUCCACCGUUUCCGAGGGCAAACUACACGAUGAACUCUCCCGGUUAUUGGAUUUGCCAGAGAAUCAAACACUAGUGGCCAAAACAUAUCAGAUGUUAACCCAACUGCCAACAGAGAACACCGAUGCCAAUAAUACAAUCAUCUUUGGAAAUAAACUCUACUUUGACGAGCGUUACGGUUUUCUGAAGAGAAAUGUGCUCGAUUCUGCUCAAAGUGUGUAUGCCACCGAUCUAGAAUCUGUGGAUUUUCUAUUGCCUUCUAAGGCCGCUGAUAAAAUUAAUUCCUGGGUAUCGGAUAAAACACGACAUCUUAUCGAGAAUAUUGUCAACGCCGAUUCUUUGAAGUCCAACACUAUGGCAUUGUUGGUCAACUCGGUUUAUUUCAAAAGUGAAUGGGAGAACAAAUUUGCCCUGUACGAUACGACGAUGCGACCAUUCUUUUUAAAUCCUCGAAAAGAGAUUCAAGUGGAGACCAUGUACACUGAAGACCUUUUCCGUUAUGGUAGUUUUGAACAGCUGGGAGCGACGGUGUUAGAAAUACCCUAUAAACUCGAUGACUUCACAAUGAUGAUAAUAUUGCCCAAGGAUAUCGAUGGUUUGGCAGAGGUUGAAAGACGCUUAUCGGAAAUUAGUUUGAAACUGAUCUCAUAUCGAUUGGAGACGCGUGAAGUUAUUGCAAAAAUACCGAAAUUUAAAAUUGAAUUUGAGGCGGACAUGAUACACACAUUACAACAGUUGGGGUUGCGUUCUCUCUUUAACCGGGAUUCUCGGAUCAAUAUAUUCAAACAUCCAUCGGAACCCUUGGUUGUGGAUCAAAUGAGGCACAAGACUGUAAUAAAUGUCAACGAAGCUGGCACAGAGGCAGCAGCAACCACUUUUGCAAAAAUAGUUCCCCUGUCAAUUCCAGUGGGCUUAGUGCGGUUUACGGUUGAUCACCCCUUUAUAUUUGUUAUACGAAAUUCGAGAGCUGUAUAUUUUAUGGGACAUAUUGUCGAUUUUUAAAAAUAAAAUAAGGUGAUAUAUAUAUUUUUGAAGGAAAUAAAUACAAUUUUAAAAAUUACAA